CACACCUCACACACUCUCACACACACACACUGUGGAGAGAGGAGGUGGCGGCUCCUGGGACUCACAUCCUGUCUGACAUGACGGGGAAUUAGAGAAGCGAGGACCAUUUCAGCGCCUCGGAGGGAAACGACUGCGGGACGUUUGGAUUAUUACGGCGGUUAGACCCCGCAGGACAGACACACGGUCCAGGUCUCAGCGCGAGGAGGACUCAGAGACUGAGACCGGCGGUGGAGCUUUGAAAUAUUUACUUUAGAUCUGAAAGUGUGUGUCUCAGGUGUCCCUGCAUGCGGUGUUUUACCAGUGGAGAUUUGACCUGAUUGGACAGUAUCGAUCAUAGAUCAUCUUCAAACACACUUUGUGUUGCUUUAAAUCCUCCUUCCUCGCAGAAAUGCCUCUUCAGAAGCAGACAGGAGGGAAAUAGUUGCUGCAGAGUCUGUUGGGAUUAUUUUGCCGGAGGGUUUUAUUGAACCGGGGAUUUGCCAGGUUAAUCCCGGGACUGCUGACGACGCCAGCACCAUGAUCAGCUCGGAGGCCCUGCGGCCGGCCGCGUCCGGCAGGAAGCCGCUGGGCAAGCUGGCCUCCCGGCUGGAGGAGGUGAAGAACCCGUGGCGACAGGUCUCCACGCUGGAGCUGAGCCACAACGAGGCGGCCCGGCUGGCGACGGACGCCCUGCUGGAGCACGGAGAGAAGGAGUACCGCAGGGUCCUGGCCGAGGAGCGGGAGCUCAACUUUCUGUCCCCGCUGGAGGUCCGCUACAUCACCCAGCAUGCGGCCAAGGCGUGCGGCUCCGAGAGCAACGGCACCGGCCCCAACGACCGGGACUUCGGGGACGGGGACGACGUGUCCGAGCUCACCUCCGGGACUUACUUCCCCAUGAUGUCCGACGAGGAGCCGCCGAUGCUGGAGCUCGGCUGGCCGGACUCCCCGGCGAGAUACGGACCGUCGGAGACGCAGAUCUACUUCCAGAGGGACAAGACUCAUAACGUCAAAGACCUCAUCCGGUCCCUGAUCAACAAAGCCAAAAAGGUGAUAGCGCUGGUCAUGGACGUGUUUACAGACGUGGACCUGCUGUGUGACCUCAUGGAGGCGUCCAACAAGCGCCGGGUCCCCGUCUACAUCCUGCUGGACGAGAAGAACCUCGACUACUUCACAGAAAUGUGCUCAGCGCUCGACAUCCAGAACUCCCACCUGAGUAACAUGCGCGUUCGCAGUGUGUGCGGGGACACGUACUGCACCAAGAGCGGCAAGAAAUUCACCGGUCAGGUCCUGGAGAAGUUCAUGAUCAUAGACUGCGAAGAGGUCAUCGCCGGGUCGUACAGUUUCACCUGGCUGUCGGCUCAGGUGCACAGCAACAUGGUGAUGCAUUUCUCAGGCCGCAUCGCCGACAGCUUCGACCGGGAGUUCCGCUGCCUGUACGCCGACUCGCAGAUCAUCGACUACUUCUUCAACCCGGAGGAGGAGGGGAUGCCCUACUACCCGUCGUACCAGCCCAUGGUGGCCCCCGGCAUGGGCAUGGGGCUCGGCCCGGUCAUGGGGCUGGAUUUACUCUCUGACAGCAGGCAGAGGGACAGGGUGUGCUCCGAAAACUCCAGCAGCCAAUCGAGUAACAGCGUGUCCAGCGUGAAGGCUGCACCUGGGAUGACCUCCAACAUGGUCUACAAGGUCACCCAAGGUCAUGACAAGAAGGAGGCCAACAACAACUCUCACCUCAGCCCUGAGAGGAGAGGUGGAGGUCAGACCCCGACGCCUCAGAGUCACGUCACGCCGGGACCGCGGGUCAACGGAGGAACCAAUCACAGCCCGGCCAUGGAGCGGCCGCCGCCGGCCUACGGUCAGCCGAUGGGCAUCGAGUGGAGCAAACCCAACCCGGCCGACGUCAUGCGGUCGAACAUCGGCGGCACCUCCUCCAAGUUCCAGGCGUUGGGGCUAUACGACCACAAACCGGGCAUGUUCCACAGCGCCGGGCUCAUCCCCGGAACCCCCAACUCAAACCUGAACCCCAAGUCCUCAACCCCCUCCCCGGUCAACGACAGCAAACUGGCCCCCAAGCAGAGGACUUCUUCCAACCAGUUCCUCAACAAAUUCACAGACUUCUUCCUGCCCCCCUCCAACAAAGACAAAGAGACCUACAACUUCCGGAGGUCUCCGUCCCCUCACGGCACCACGUCCUGGGGAGGUCCGGACCUCUCUCAAACCGAGCCGGAGAGCGAGCAGAGCCCGCCGCCGCCCCCGUCUCCGGCCGCCGUGAUGAACCGGCAGGACCAGAAAAGAAUGACGCUGGGCCACAGCAAGCUGGACCUGGUGAACCAGUACAACAAGAUGAAGUCCAAGCAGGUGUACAGCCGCUUCGAGCUCAAGAGCUCCAACUAGAGUCCGGACCGGUUCCGUCAGCCCGCUCCUUCUUCCAGACCCUUUGUUCUUCCUCCGUCUCGUCUUCGUGGUUUUUAUGGCGGUCAGUCCUUCGUCUUCUUCCGCAGUUCAGCGAUGCCUGGUGGAAAUCAAGCCAUUGCAGCCACGUCGGCUCUUUCACCACAUUUACAGGGUUUUCCUCUGAGAUUCUUGAAACCACAUUGCCUCUUUUAUCGUGCGACGAGCCUUCACGAGUCCAGUAGACCCUGCGGCUCUUUGUGGGGACGUAGUUUACAAAAUCACACGAGAAGGAAAUCGUACAUUCGCUAAAAUGUCAGGCUGAAACUGAUCUGUGAAAAUCAGCCAUGUGGCCAUUUUUCAACAGUUACCUGAAGAUUCACAUCAACCGACGGCGUCUGUCAACAGAAGACCUGAACUGUGAGAGCAGAUCGUCCACGUCUUUACACACAGGAUAUCCACAGACAGUUCAGGCUCGUCACCUCCGACAGUCCACCUUAUUUAACAAUAAUCUUAAAGUCUGAGCCGAACCUUUGAUUCUCCCUUUGACCUUCUGGAAUAUUAACUACACUGAUAGUGGAGCUACUGUGCCUGAUUUUCCAUUUAAAGGAUUAAACUGGUUGGAGAAAGGGGUCCAUGCUUCAGGCCUCUGGGUGGGCGUGUCCCAUGGCGUCUACUCCGCCCACGCAGAUGCUGCACCAAUCAAAUUGCAAGAAGCAACAGUGUCAGUCGAAACCAAAUAGACCUAAACACUGACGAGAUUUUUACUGAUAUCUCAGCAAAAAUAUGUAUGAUGAAUGAUUUCAGUCAGACUUUAAUGUCAAACUCAGCUUUUUUAUGUUAUUUGACACAAACAAGGAAAAACAGAAAAGUGAAAUAAAUGUUUUCCCUUCAGAAUAAGAUCAAACAGUUUUAGGAAUCUGUUAAAAUGUGAUUUAAAGAAAAGCUCGUCACCCUUUUCGCUUCACUCCUGCGACACUCCCGUAUCAUAGUGUAAAUAACAUGUGCCUUGAUCAUCCUGCCUUAAGGUUUACAGACACAUUUUAAUAUAUGACAUGUUAGCGAUCUGCAGCCGCCGUCACCGCCGGGAACAAAGUUUUUCUGUAAACAGAAGCAGCACGUCGACGUGACGCGUUACGAUUCUGGGAAUAUAGGUGUAAACAUAGAAAGUGAAGCGCUGCAGGUGGAAAAUAUUGUUCUCAACAGAAGUAACGGAGCUAAACGAGACAGUCCUGUAGAGAAGCUGUUUGUCUUAUCAGCGUUUAAACUCUACAGUGCUGUUCCACCCUUUAUACAUUAAGUUCUUCAUUACUGAGGAUUGUUUUCUCAUAAUGUACAUUUUAUACAACAAACAGCAUUUUUCAAACAUGUAGAUCUGUAUAUAGACUGUUAAUUCAAACCAAUUAGAUAAAGUUAGCUGGGAUAUUUCUAUGAUGUUUUCCUUUCGUUGUACUUUCUGAUGAAUUGUGCAGAUGUACAGUAGUUCUUCAUCACAGCAUUACAGGGCUAAACGAUUCCUCGUCAGCGUGCAGCAGCAGUGUGAAAAAACAGAUUUUUGCUGUAGUCACCGAAGCAAUAAUGAUUGACAGUGAUCAAUUCUUUUGAUAUGUGUCGUUUCAUGUCGUGAGUGUGUUUGUUUACUGCUCAUUUCAGCCGGACGGCGUGCGGCGCCGACUCCUCCGUGUCUCUGUGAACUGACUGUCAGGACUUUGGGUUGUUGUUCGAGAAACGUCUUAAACUGAUUUGUUAUUUUAUUUUUACAUCAUGUUAUUUACUGGAGAAUGUGAACGUUCACUUUAAAUUGAUCUUAAUUUGUAAGAUAAAAAGUUUAGGAUUUAAUAAAACUAAAAGUUGGAGUUAAGA